AUGAAAUCAUGGGCAGUGUUAUUGGGCAAAGGGACUGGUUCAUAUUUGCUAGUUACUGCAGUAUCUAGACGUAUAUCUACUGGAUGCAGUAAUUUGUGGUCUAAAUACAAUUCAAAAGUGUUUCGUGAACCAGUUGUUAGUUUGGAGCAGUUAUACCAACCGCUUGAUCCAAAAGAUGAUCGUCGAUAUUGCUAUUUGAAGGCAAUGACUAGUGCUCAAACACCAGUUUUUUAUAGGAAUGCAAUCAUUGAUAGGCUAAUCAAUGUGUGUAUGUUACGAGGAAUGAAAGAAAAGAUGCGGACAAUAAUUUUGGAAGCAUUGGAAAUUGUAAAAAGACGUCAGCAUAGGUUGUGGAUGAAUACGAGUGCAGAAGAUCGGAGUAAAAUAGAACUUGAUCCGACGGUGAUUACUGAAAUAGCUAUCAAGAAUUGUUCUCCUGUUAUGAUUCUACGCCCAUUCAUUCGAGGAUACUUUGCAUAUUCUUUAGGUGGGCAAACUUAUAUGGUGCCGUGUCCGCUGUCACAGCAUCACGCAGAGUUUCGAGCAAUGAAAACAAUGCGAGAUAUUUGUCGUCAAAAAACUUUUCAUGGUGCGACUCAUUUUGAAUUCAUACUGGCAGACGAGUUGCUUGCUGCAUACAGAAACGAAGGUUUAACAGUUCAGGCAAAGCAAGAGUUACAUAAACAUUGUGAAGCUAAUCGAGCUUAUGUUCAUUAUAGAAGACAAUAA